ACUGAAGGCCAAUGCUUAAGGAUGUGCCAUUCACUGCCAGAACUAGGUUCUCAUUGGAGCGGAGGAAGUCUGUGGGUGGAGCUGGUUGUUUGGCGCCUGCGUCUUGCGGCGAGCGGGCUGGCGUGCGGCGGGAGCGGCUGCAACGCCCGUGCCUGAGAAGCGAUGCCGAGGGAAAUCAUCACGCUACAGUUGGGCCAGUGCGGCAAUCAGAUUGGGUUCGAGUUCUGGAAACAGCUGUGCGCCGAGCAUGGUAUCAGCCCCGAGGGCAUCGUGGAGGAGUUCGCCACCGAGGGCACUGACCGCAAGGACGUCUUUUUCUACCAGGCAGAUGACGAGCACUACAUCCCGCGGGCCGUGCUGCUGGACCUGGAGCCCCGGGUGAUCCACUCCAUCCUCAACUCCCCCUAUGCCAAGCUCUACAACCCAGAGAACAUCUACCUGUCGGAGCAUGGAGGAGGAGCUGGCAACAACUGGGCCAGUGGAUUCUCCCAGGGAGAGAAGAUCCAUGAGGACAUUUUUGACAUCAUAGACCGGGAGGCAGAUGGUAGUGACAGUCUAGAGGGCUUUGUGCUGUGUCACUCCAUUGCUGGGGGGACAGGCUCUGGCCUGGGCUCCUACCUCUUAGAACGGCUGAAUGACAGGUAUCCAAAGAAGCUGGUGCAGACAUACUCAGUGUUUCCCAACCAGGACGAGAUGAGCGACGUGGUGGUCCAGCCUUACAAUUCACUACUCACACUCAAGAGGCUGACGCAGAACGCAGACUGUGUGGUGGUGCUGGACAACACAGCCCUGAACCGGAUUGCCACAGACCGCCUGCACAUCCAGAACCCGUCCUUCUCCCAGAUCAACCAGCUGGUGUCCACCAUCAUGUCGGCCAGCACCACCACCCUGCGCUACCCCGGCUACAUGAACAAUGACCUCAUCGGCCUCAUCGCCUCACUCAUCCCC